AAUCAGAGAUUCCCUCUUUCUUUCUUCCUUUCUUUCUAAGCUUAGCUUUUAAUUAUGCCAUUCUUCUUCCUUCUCCCCCUAUAUUAUACUAUUUCCUUUCUCUCCAUACCCUUUUCCUCUUCUGCUCUCUCUCUUUCACUCUCUCCAUCCGUCCUUUUCAUUCCGUUUCUCCUUUUUCUCCUCCUCCAAAUUCCGGCAAAUCUAUACAUACAUUUCGAUCCCCAUGUCUUCUUCGGGCGUCAACCACCUCUCUCAGCCUUGUAUUUACGGGCACUUUGUUUCUUCCUACACAGAGAGGAGGUCUCGGUUCAUGAAAUGGUUGAGUAAGCUUUUCAAGAACGGGUCGGAUCGUGGAGUAAGAACUGGGCAACGCCCACAGUUUCUGGGCGAGGAAAAUAUGGUUUGGCCUGUUCCAGCUAGAUCCUUGGAUGAUCGCUCUAGAGCUGGGAAAGACACAGAGGAAGUAGACCGUGCAAUUGCACUUUCUUUGGCUGAAGAUUUGAAGAGACCAAAUGGAUACAGAUUGCCAACAAAUAGUGAUGAAGAUCCCGCAAGGGCAGUACAGGAUAGCCUCAAUUCAUCUUCAUAUCCUCCUUGUGCCCCUACAUCACAUUAUCCCAAAGGUUAUAGGGUAUGUGGUGGCUGCAACCGUGACAUUGGCUAUGGAAAUUAUCUGGGAUGCAUGGGAACUUUUUUUCAUCCGGAGUGCUUUUGUUGUCGUUCUUGUGGUCUCCCAAUCACCGAGCAUGAGUUUUCUUUGUCAGGGAGGGAUGCAUACCACAAGUCCUGCUUCAAAGAGUUGAACCAUCCCAAAUGUGAAGUUUGCCACCAAUUUAUUCCAACAAACGGAGCUGGUUUGAUUGAGUAUAGGUGCCAUCCAUUUUGGACCCAGAAAUAUUGUCCUUCACAUGAGCAUGAUACUGCCCGUUGCUGUAGUUGUGAGCGCUUGGAGUCUUGGAAUAUGAGAUACAUAUCUUUAGGAGAUGGACGGAGUUUAUGUUUAGAGUGCAUGGAAUCCGCUAUCAUGGAUACUGGUGACUGUCAACCCCUUUAUCAUGCCAUUAGAGACUACUAUGAAGGAAUGAACAUGAAACUUGAUCAGCAAAUUCCCAUGCUUCUGGUUGAAAGACAAGCCUUAAAUGAAGCUAUUGUGGGGGAGAAAAAUGGUUACCAUCACAUGCCUGAGACGAGGGGUUUAUGCCUAUCUGAGGAGCAAACUGUAACCAGUAUACAUAAAAGGCCAAGAAUUGGGGGCCACCGACUAGUAGGAAUGAGAACACAACAUCAGAAGCUGACUAGAAAAUGUGAAGUUACAGCCAUUCUCGUUCUGUAUGGCCUCCCAAGAUUACUAACAGGUGCAAUUCUUGCUCAUGAGUUGAUGCAUGGCUGGUUACGUCUUAAAGGUUACCGAAACCUGAAUCCUGAGGUAGAGGAAGGUAUCUGUCAAGUACUUUCAUACAUGUGGCUUGAAGCAGAGGUAAUGCCUGGAUCCAGAAAUAUGCCAUCUACAUCAUCAUCUUCAUCGUAUUCGUCAUCUAAGAAAGGCGGAAAGUCUGAUGUUGAGAAUAAGCUGGGGGAGUAUUUCAUGCAUCAGAUUGCUCAUGAUGCUUCCCCGGCUUAUGGGGAAGGAUUUAGGGCUGCUAAUACUGCUGUCAAUAAAUAUGGUUUACGUCGUACUCUGGACCACAUAGGCCUAACUGGAAGUUUUCCUCUGUAAUUUUUAUUAUAACGUGUACGGAUCAUCUCUGUUGGAGAUUCCUUAGGUUUAUUUUAUCUGUUGGAGAUCGUAGAAUCGCCCCUCAGAAAGUUUGAGUUGAUCAUGGAAGCUUCGAUUUUUCUCCCUAGUUUCCAUGGGAAAUUAAGUUGAAAAGCUAAUAAGCAUGUCUUCUCAACUAGGAAGAAAAUAAGCAUGUCUUCUAUGUAAAUGUAAAGGAUAAAUUCUUUGUAUUUUGUAUUACUUUGGGUGGCAAUUUACAUUUGUCAUACAAACUAAUACUCCAAUAAAAAAAUUUACCGCACAAUUUAAAUGUGAUUGCUCUUGGCACUCGAC